AUGGUCCCGAUGGAAGAACUGCCGGAACUGCCAGAGUCGUUGAAGGAUGGCUGCCCUCCCAGCGUGCUCGAUGAAAUCACGCAGUUUCCAUUUAUUGACUUGCCGGAUGCGUAUCUUGACCUCGUCAAGGACGUACGCAAGAAGCCCUGCACGGCUUGCAGAAAGUUUCCGGCCGAGCCUGCAUUGUGUCUCUUGUGUGGAGAGAUCGUUUGCUUGGGCAGCCGUGCUUGUCGCGGGCAAAACGAGCGAGAGGGCCAGUGCACAGAGCACGCACGGAGAUGUGCUUCCGGGCAAGGCCUGUUUUUGCUGCCGUAUUUGGCGCAGAUUCUUGCAGUCAGUGCUCCAGACUGCUGUCUGUGGGAUUGCCCGUACGUUGACAGAAACGGUGAGCUGAAUCCCCACCUGAAGCGGCCGUGCAUGAUGCACUUCAGGCUUGACCAGCAACGCCUGGCCAGUUUGCGACAAACCUUCACGAGGUCUUCCAUACGACGGGAAAUCUUCCUGUACAACGAGAAGACCGGACAAUACAUUCCUCAAGCCCUCUGA